AUGAACUUGAACUACAACAGCACAGUACCCAGCUGGAUAUUAACAGCCAGCUCCUCAGGGAUUGGAGGCUACCAGGAUACAGAGUUUCUCCACGGAACCAGAUGGCAGGACCACUUUGAUUUGCUACUUAAUGACUCAGACCUUCCACCCUCAUAUAAUGUCACCCAGCCACCCACACCAACCUUUGCCGCUCUCGGAGGACAUGCGGUUUGGCAAGUUAUCCUGAUUGUGUUGUUCACUGGCAGCUUAUCCCUGGUGACCAUUGUCGGUAACAUCCUGGUUUUGGUGUCUUUCAAAAUGAACAAGCAAUUAAAGACGGUCAAUAAUUAUUUUCUGCUUAGUCUUGCUUGUGCAGAUUUAAUCAUUGGAGUCAUUUCAAUGAACCUUUAUACUACCUAUAUAAUUAUGGAUCAGUGGGCCUUGGGGAACUUGGCGUGUGAUCUGUGGCUUGCCAUUGACUAUGUAGCUAGCAAUGCCUCAGUCAUGAACCUUUUAGUCAUAAGUUUUGAUAGGUAUUUUUCUGUUACCAGACCACUCACUUAUCGAGCUAAGAGAACAACCAAAAGGGCCGGAAUAAUGAUUGGCCUGGCCUGGUCCAUCUCCUUUGUUCUGUGGGCACCAGCCAUCUUGUUUUGGCAAUAUUUUGUUGGAAAGCGCACCGUGCCUCAUAACGAAUGCUUCAUCCAGUUCCUCUCCGAGCCUAUCAUCACUUUUUGUACUGCGAUAGCUGCCUUUUAUCUACCUGUUACCAUCAUGACCAUAUUGUAUUGGAGAAUCUAUAAGGAAACAGAGAAGCGCACCAAAGAACUGGCUGGGUUGCAGGCUUCUGGCCGAGAUUCAGAGAAAACACAAUUUGUCCACCAGACAGGCAGCUCACGGAGCUGCAGCAGCUAUGAGUUAACACAACCGGCUCUGAGGAGGCCAGCUAGAAAGAAGCAAGGUCGCUGCAACUUCUUGCCAAUGAUGAAGUCAUGGAAACCCAGCACUGAAGGAGACCAGGAGCACAGCAGCUGUGAUAGUUGGAACAACAACGGUGCUGCCGCUUCCCUGGAUCAAUCUGGUUCCUCAGAUGAAGAAGAAAUACCUACGACCCGAGCCAUUUACUCCAUCGUGUUAAAUCUACCCGGCCUCAAGACCACAGUAAACUCCCAACUGUCUGCAAUAGACGACUUGGACAUGUCUGAAGAUGAUCACCGCAGAGUAAAUGUGAACAGUAAGGACAGGGUAUCCAAGAAAGAGAACAAUGAAAAGGAGGACAACAGCUACCACCAGCAUUUCUCUAAGACUCCAGUUCAGUCAAUGCCAACAGUAGAAACAUCCAAGACCUCUGUGGCAGUUUCCCCAGCGACUGAGUCUGCAUCAAUGCCUUUAUCCUUCAAGGACGCAGCAUUGGCAAAAAGUUUCGCUUCAAAAGCCAGAACGCAGAUCACAAAACGGAAAAGAAUGUCACUUGUGAAAGAGAAAAAGGCUGCACAGACUCUCAGUGCAAUCCUUUUUGCCUUUAUCAUCACAUGGACACCAUACAAUAUCAUGGUGUUAGUGAACACUUUUUGUGACGAAUGUAUCCCAAAAACAUUAUGGGACUUGGGCUACUGGUUAUGCUACGUGAACAGCACAGUGAACCCCAUGUGUUAUGCACUGUGCAAUAAAACUUUCCGAACCACUUUUAAAACAUUGCUGUUGUGCCAGUGGGAGAAAAGAAAGCGCCGCAAGCAGCAGUACCAGCAAAGGCAAUCUGUUGUUUUCCGUAAAAUAAUCCCUCUGCAUUCCUCCUAAUGGUACUGUAUAUAAUUCAGGGUGUAUUGUAUGAUGAAUACCAGUUCCAUGAUGACGUUGCUAAGUACAGUACAGGCUCUUU